AUGAUAUAUCACAACAACGGGAGCAUUUUUCAUCCAGCCACAUUCUUCCUCGUUGGAAUUCCUGGUCUGGAAGAUGUCCAUGUCUGGAUCUCCCUACCUUUCUGCUCUAUUUACCUUGUGGCUUUAUUAGGAAACACCACAAUUCUACUUGUCAUCCAGACAGAGCCGUCCCUCCGGGAGCCCAUGUUCUACUUUUUGGCCAUACUUUCAUCAGUUGACUUGGCCCUUUCCACAACCUCUGUGCCCCGCAUGUUGGGUAUAUUCUGGUUUGAUGCUCACGAGAUUAACUUUGGAGCUUGUGUGGCCCAGAUGUUUUUGAUCCAUGCAUUCACUGGCAUGGAAGCUGAGGUCCUGCUGGCCAUGGCCUUUGACCGUUAUGUAGCCAUCUGUGCUCCACUCCAUUACACUACCAUAUUGACCUCUAGGGUGCUAAUGGGCAUCAGUUUGUGUAUUGUCAUUCGUCCAGCUAUGUUUAUACUUCCCAUUGUCUUUCUGAUCUAUCGCCUACCCUUUUGUCAGGCCCACAUAAUAGCCCAUUCCUACUGUGAGCACAUGGGUAUUGCAAAAUUAUCCUGUGGAAACAUCCGUAUUAAUACUAUCUAUGGGCUCUUUGUAGUCACCCUCUUUCUUCUGAAUCUGGUCCUUAUUGGCAUCUCUUAUGUUUAUAUUCUCCAAGCCGUCUUUCAUCUCCCUUCCAAGGAUGCACGAGUAAAAGCCCUAAGCACUUGUGGGUCUCAUAUGGCAGUCCUCUGUGUUUUCUAUAUCCCCUCACUCUUCUCUUUCCUCACUCACAGAUUUGGUCACAACAUACCACACUACCUUCACAUUCUUAUUGCCAAUCUCUAUUUAGUUCUCCCACCUUCACUCAACCCCAUCAUUUAUGGAGUAAGGACCAAACAGAUACGGGAGCGAGUUCUCUCUGCGUUUACUAAAAACUAA